AUCUACGUUUCCGACCGAGCAUUUUAAAACAGGAACCAAAUGCUGAUACAGAGACUACACGUUAACUUUUUGGGAUUUUAUUUGAGUCUGUAACGUAUUUCACUGCACUCACUUUCUCUUAAAUCAGUAGCUGCGUUACACACUAAAAGGCGAAGCAGGUGAGAAUCAGCAAAAAGGCGAAAACGACUGCGAGAGAUCGCGAUCAUGAUUCUGGUGGACCCUGGGCUGUACAUCGGCACUGCAGCUAACCUCAACGACCACCAGGAACUGGUCAGUGCGAACAUCAGUCACAUCCUGUCUGUAGAUUCUGUAGACCCCAGCCCACUGUUUCCUGAUGAUAGAGCCUUUGUUAGGAAGUGGAUUGAUGUCUUAGAUGAAGAGACUUCUGACCUCCUCAGUUACAUGGACACCAGUUUCGGGUUCAUUAAAGAGGCUGUGGAUGGUGGCCGGGCUGCACUGGUUCACUGUCAGGCUGGUCGGAGUCGCAGUGCCACCAUUGUUACUGCUUAUCUAAUGAAGAGAUACAAACUGGGAUUCACUGAGGCUUAUCACAGACUAAAGAGCCUCAAACCAGAUGUACAGGUCAACAGUGGUUUUGAGGAGCAGUUGUGUCUGUACGAAGCAAUGCAGUGUGAGGUGGAUACCUCCAGUCCUCUGUACAAACAAUACAGACUAACCAAGAUCACUGAAAAAUACCCUGAGUUACAGAGGGUGCCUAGGGAGGUGUUUGCUGUUGACCCUGCCCACUCCAGCUCCUCUGAAGCAUCCUAUCGAUGCAGGAAGUGCAGUCGAACUCUAUUUCGUGGCUCCAGUAUUCUCAGUCAUUUAGUAGGAGAAGGAGCUUCGGCCUUUAGUCACAAAAAGGCCAGUAACCUUACUGGAGAGGUCCAGUGUACAUCAUACUUUAUUGAGCCAGUGCAAUGGAUGGAGCAAGCCUUACUUGGAGUGAUGGAUGGACAGCUGCUGUGUCCUAAGUGUAACUGUAAGCUGGGCUCAUUCAGCUGGUGUGGAGAUCAGUGUUCGUGCGGCCGUUGGGUCACUCCCGCCUUCCAGUUGCACCACAACAGAGUGGAUGAGAUCCGGCAGCUGAACAUAAUGAAAUAGCACUUCCAUAUAGUCUGUAAGAAAGGGAAUAAUCAUCACGAAUAAAGACAUACUCCAGUUUGUAACAUGAAAAAGUGAUUCAAUUUAGAAUGACUGAUUUGGAUGAUUAUCUGAAAUACAUAAUGUAAAUAAAUAUUAUCUAAGAACUGUUGCAGGUACUUUUAUGUUUCACUGAUUAGUAUACAACAGUACUAUGUGUGUAUCUGUUUUUUUUUUUCCUACCAAAAACUAACAAAUAAAAAAAAAAGAAGAAAAUGUCUGCCUUUCACACAAAAAGUGGACCAUAUGUUUCUUUUGAAUUUGAAUAUUUCAUGUUUAAGCUAUUAAAAGGAGCAAUGUGUAA